UGUCCGCACCCGGGAUCUGAACCGGUGAACCCCAGGCCGCCGAAGCAGAACGUGCACACUUAACUGCUGCACCACAGGGCUGGCCCCUCCUCUCAAUUUCGAUAGCUUCUUAAGUUUCCUCCCAGCUUUAUUAAUAUACUCCCGCCUUGGUCUGUCUUUCCCCUCUUUCUUGUCAGUUUUGUGUGCACAUCUGUCUGUGUGUGUGGUGCCUUUGCGGUGGUCUGGGGCGUCCCGGAGCAGUGAGGAGGAGGCAUUGGUUUGGUGGUGUGCUGGAAGAUGAAGUGGAUGUGAGAAGGAGGCUGGGAGAGUGAAACACAAACAUGGCAUUUGUUUUUAUAGAAAUAAAAUAUUCCUGAGAAAUCAUUGGUUCUUGCUGUUUCAUUUUUGGGUUUUGUCGUCUUUAAAGCUUUUCCUUGGAAGCCUCUAAACUGAUCUGUGAAUGUAAGAAUGUUUUUAACAAGAUUUUACAAGCCAAUUCAGCAAGAUCUUUAAACAGUUCCAUGUUCAUGUAAGGAAAGCAUGCACCCACUUAUCCAUGGAGGUUGGAGAAGCUGUGGUACCUGCACGCAGUGGAGCACAGGGCAGCGGUCACAGAGUGUGGACAGUCACCGUGACCUGACAGGCAGUGGUUUCCAGGAGACAUUAGGAACUGAAGAAAGCCAAGUGCGAAACAGCGUGUACAGUAGGUUGCCUUUUGUGUAAGAAAGAAGGGAAAACCAAGAAAAAACAUGCACAUAAUGACUUAUUUUUACAGGAAGACAGCUGGGAAGGAUAAAGCAGAAAACAGUGAAGUUUAUCCCCUACCAAAAGUGGGGAGGAGGAGGAGGGGAUGAGAGGCAGACACACCUCUCUGAGGGCCUUUAGUACAGCUUUAGCUUUCGAAAGCAUGUUAAUAUUCUACAUAUUAAAAAAUAAAAAUAAAUAAUUAAGAAUCAAAACAAACUCAACUGUAUUUCAGAUGACUACAAUAACUACACUGGAGAGAACAAAUGAAUCCAAGUAGUUUAUGAACACAGUUUUUUCGGAUUUUUAUUUAUUUAUUUUUUUGGUGAGGAAGAUUGGCCCUGAGCUAACAUCUGUGCCAAUCUUCCUCCACUUUGUAUGUCAGACACUGCCACAGCAUGGCUUGAUGAGCAGUGUGUAGAUCCCAGGAUACAAACCUGUGAACCCUGGGCCACCAAAGCAGAGUAUGCUGAGCUUAACCACUAUGCCGCUGGGCCAGCCUCUGUGAACAGGUUUUAGGUAUACACCCAUGCAUGGAGGGCAGAGGUGGGAGGGGAAACUGCAAACAAAUUCUGAACUCUUUUGUAGGUUUGUUAAUUACAGUGGUGUGGGUGAACCAGUUCUGAGAGUAUAGUAGAUACCCUGUAGGGUUUAGGACAUAAGUAAAUGUGUCGACCUUGUUAGAGGAGAGAGAACAAAUAUGGAUGGAAACAGGCAGAACGAGCCCGUGGGGAUGGAUAUCCUGAGAAGGAUGCAAACAUCACCCAUGUGUAUUCUGGCAAAAAAAUGUGUAACCUGAAUCUAGUCAAAUCCAAAAUCAGGAACUUCUGUUUAAACAAAUGGAAGAAGGGAAAGACUAUGUUCUUAAAAAAUGUCAAUUUUAUGAAAGACAGAGAAAUGCUAUGGAAAAUGUUCCAGAUUAAGGGAGACUAAAGAGACAUGUGGACUGAAUUUAAUAUCUGACCCUAGACUGGAUCCUGUUCUGGAAGGAGACAGUGUUAUACAGCACAUUGUCGGAUAAGUUGGAAAAGUUGGAAUAUGAAUAGAAGAUGAGUGAACAGCGUUGUAUAAAUAUUAAAUUCACACAAGUUGAUAACUGAGCUUUAGUUCUGUAAGGGAAUCUUCCUAUUCUUAGGGAAAAUACACUGCACUUAGGGAGAAAUAUUUAGGAUUUGGGGAUGAAGGGACCUCAAAUGGUUCAGAGAAAAUGAUCUGCGCAUGUAUUUGUAUAUGUGUGUCUCUGUCUGUCUGUGUUCACACUCAGACUGAGGCAGAGGGCUUACAAAUAAAUCUAGGCAAACGCUAUGCAUGUCUCCGUACUAUUUUCUUCUUGCAACUUUUCCUUAAGUUUGAUAUUAUUUCUAAAUGAAAAGUUUUUUCAAAAGAAUAAAUUUCACCCUAAAAAUAGGCAUUCAUAUGGUAAGCAGUAAUAAACAGUAAUACAAUUAGUGAUUAAAAAGCUGCUCUAGAUCUAAUAAACUAGAUUGUAAUCGUCAUUUUCCAUUAGUACACUUACAAGUUUAUUUGCAAUUAAGAAUAAAUUGCCUAGUCAUGCUGAAUCUGCUUGGAACUGUCUGCUCGAAACUAAUAAUAAUUCAGCAAGGCUGUGGGAAACAAGACCACUAUUAAAGAAAAUAAUGGGAAGAAAUUAGAAAGUCUGUUGCAAAAAAAAAAUCCAUUUACAAUUCCAAUAAACAUUAAAAGGUACACAGAAAUAAAUACAACAAAGAAUUUUUGAAGUCUGAAAAUGUAACAAGCAUUUUGGACCAACAAAAAUGAUUAGAUUGAAUGGAGAGGGAACGAGUUUCUGAAUUAGAAACGACAUAGAAACUCAUCAUAGUAAAGACUGUUCUCCACACGGAAAGACUCAUUAAGACAAAUCAGACAACGUGAUAUGGGCAAAUACGCCAACAAACAGAAUUAAAAGGCCAGAAAUAGACCCACAAAUAUGUAGAAACUUGAUAUGACACGGGUAACUUUGCGGAUUAAUGGAAAUAGAGACUAUUCAAACAUUUUUUUUGAAUAACUUUUUCUCCAUAUGAAAAAGUAGACCUCACACCAUAGAAAACAUGAAUUACAGUUGCAUUGUAGGUUUAAAUAUGAAGAACCAAAAUUUUAAAAGAACACUGGAAGAAUUUCUGUGUAACUUUAGGAUUGUGAGGGAUUUCAUGGCUAGAUGUGCCAACUGUACAGGAAAUAAUUGAUAUAUUUUACUACAUUAAAAUAAAAACAUUUCUCUACAGCGAAGUCAUCGUAAACAAAGUGAAGAGCCAAGUCGCAGACGGGGAACAGGUCAUCAUUGUGAUCAACCAAGGACUGCUUCCAGGAGAGAAAGAGCUCCUUCAUAGCAUUAAGGAAAAAUGGGCAAAAAAAAUAAGUAAGGAGUUCACAGGACAUACAGUUUCUCAGAUGAACUAUUUCAAAGGACAUUAAAGUGAUCAAACCAUCUUUGAGGGCCAAAUAUAUAAGAAAAGCCUUCUAUCUUUAGCUUCAGUCCCGAGUUUCCAAACUGGUGCAGUCAGUUCUUGAUGGUAUGCCUCGCCACACCGUGUGUUUUAAUAUCAAAUUGUGAAGAUAUUUCGGUGGCUAAUGUUAUAUUAUGAACUUUCACAGGACCAAUCCUUUCCAAAGCAUGAAAAUGGUAUUCAGGUUGGAAUGAAAUUAGAAGGCAUUGACGCCUGACAUCCAUCUGUAUUUUGUGUGCUUUCUGUAGCUGAGGUGUGUGGCUACUGUCUAAGACUUCAUUUUGAUGGUUAUUUAAGCUGCUACGAUUUUUGGACCAAUGCUGGUUCCCCUGACAUUCGUCCAAUAGGAUGGUGUGAAAAGACCAAAUGCGAAUUGCACGUCCCCCAAGGGUAGGGAUCUGUACCUUUUUUAGGUUAUAGAAAAGAUCACGUUUUUUGGAUAGAUUACUUGAAGGCCAGCAGAUUGCAAAAUGCUCCCAAGAAAUCAUUCAGGCAACAAGGCUGGAAUGGACCAGGGCCUAAGGAACUUGGGGCUGGAGUGAAGCUGGAAGCUGUCGACAGGAAGAACCCUUCCUUGUGUGUGGCAACCCCAGCAAACGUUGUUGAAGAUCCGCUAGUGCAUUUGGACGAUUGGGGUGAUAGUUACGAUUACUGGUGAGACACCAAUGUACGUGUGAUGGACAUAAAUCCUUAUGUCCAGCUGGUUGGUUGGUGUCAGGAGAACGGAAGAACUCCGGUAGCACCCGGCGGUUAUCCUGAUCCAGGAAAUUUUUCCUGGACAGAAUAUCUGGAAGCUAUUCAGACUAAUACAGUUCCUUCCAAAGUUUUUAAAAUGUGGUUGCCUCAUGGUUUUCUGCCAAAUAUGAAACUUGAAGUUGUGGGUAAAUGAAACCCCAGGUUACUUCGUGUUGCUACGAUUGCAGAUGUUGAUGACCAAAGAACAGAGGUUCAUUUUGAUGGCUGGGACCACAGAUGUGACUGUUGAAUGGAUGCCGAAAGCCCUGACAUUCACCCAGUUGGAUGGUGUGACGUCACAGGGUAUGUUCUUUUAGUUCCUGAAAGAGCAAAUGAUGUGAAAAUCCUUCUAGGUCAAGCUGUUUGUCCCACUGCAGGGUGCCGAGGACUAGGCCAUACCCCUGGCCCAUGGAAUUCAGGACAUCCCAGUGCUUCUGGCUGCCCGUAUUCAGACGUGAACUUGAAAAAGGAGGCAGCUCUUCGUGAUCAUCUGAGACAACAAACACAGGCAAAUCUGCAAUUGUCUUCACAUUCAAACUCCAAAGACCUCUGUGCUUUGAACUUCAGUGGAAAACGUGGAAAGCUGAACAGUCAGGCCCGACUUGUACAGCAGAUCAGGUGUUUGACAAUCAAAGGAGAAGAAGCUACGGACUUGGAUAAUCUCUUCAGAGAAUACUCUGCAGAGCACACACCGCAGGCACUGCACCAGUCAGGCUUCCUGUCGUAGUCAGUUCAGCCUUUCCGGGACCUUCCCCUGGGCAGGGAGCAGCCCUGCAAGCUGCUUCCAGGUGUGGCUGGCAUCCAGGCAGGCAAGAUGGCCUGAUGGACAGUGGAUGAGCCGAAGAUGAAGCGCAAAGACGUUCCCUUUGCCUGCCGUCCUGGCCUGGGAGGGAGGCCCCGCUCUGCUCCGGAUGCUGUGAAGGGAAGCAGCACGGGGCCUGUGAGACAUUUCCCAGAGCGUGGGAACCGGCUUUUAACUCCUUUGUCCCUGUGGCUGUUUCUAUUCGAGAAGCGUUUUUCAAAGCACAGAAAAGGACCCUUUAGCCUAUGCCGGCCGUCAAAGCAUCGCACAACCCUCGCGCUGGGAGCGAAGCGCCUAGAGCGCAUGCGUGUGGGAGCGCGUCUCCGGGGAGCCCGGGCCGGCGCGGGUACGGCUGCGCCUCUGCAGCUCCGGGUCACGCACAGCAAAACGAUGGACAGGAGGAUCAGAGGAGAGAAGGUUCCAGAGUACCGGAGCUUCACACAGAUAGAGACCGUCAUUGUCAUCAUGAUGGCUGUGACAUGGGUAGGACAUGCCCACAGUCCCCGGGCAUCACGCUGGGGCCCCCAGAAACUGUGGAAACGCGACCUGCGUGGUGGCCACUCGCCAUCCCGUGACUCUUGGCAGACUGAUGGCAAAGCCUUGCUGCUUCUGACACAGACAGACAUCGUCAAGGUGAUGACGGUCCAGCUGGGCCCCCCCCUGAGGACUGAUACCUUCCUCACGUUCAGGAGCUCCCAGGGCCUCACUGAGGAAGAUGCUGUCUCAGGCCAAGAAGUCGGUUUGCAGCUGCAGCAGGGAGCUGGGACAGCCGAACUCCUUAAAACGCUGCUGUGA